AUGCAAGAUGAAACGUUUGAUAACAACUACUACCAACAUACUGAUGACACCAAUAAAUUUAGACAAGAAUAUGAAAUGCGAAGAUUGCAACAGGACGAAGGGUUGGAUGUGAUUGCAGAAGGACUUGGUACUCUGAAAAACAUGGCUCAGGACAUGCAAGAGGAAGUUGAUAGACAAGUGCCAUUGAUGGAUGAAAUUGAUGACAAGGUAAUCUUAUUUUCGGGUUGA